ACUUUUCAGUAAAGUAAGUAAAGAAUCGCGCGAGAAUAACAGUCGUUGGUGUGUUUGUAGCCACAGCAUACUCCUGUUUGGCUUUAGAUUGGAUGGACAUAUUUUUAAAUGGACAAUAAUUAUGCAGGACAUUCGUAACAUAAGGCAGUGUCAGGAGUGGGUCGACUAUGUGUGGACCUGAACCUUUCUGAACUGGAUUAAAGUGACAUGCGGGCUGCUGACACCGCGGUGACGGACGGUUCGUGACUCGGCUGCAGCAGCUCCUGUUCAUGCGCUCGGUUAUCCACCGAGCCGAAAAUGUUCCCCAGCCUGGCCCAUAGACCUUGGCAUGUGUUCUGCAGGCUGUCCCUACAGAACCGGCCGUCUAUAUCUCAACGUUCCUCGAAGUACCCUCAGCUGAACUCUGGUUGGCAAAGCAAAUGCAUACACAGCGUGUGGUUCAGCCUUCCAGACUGCAGACUUGCUUCAUUAGGGCUGGGCAAAGUACACUACUAUUCUACCUCCUCUGAUGGCAACAAUAAAAAUGGUCCUUCCAAAUCAACAUUAGGUGAUGCUCCUUCAGCUGAACAGGUCUUGUCUGGCCCUGCAACAAAAACCUUACCUUCAGGACCUUCUCCUCAGGUGUUGGGUGCAUUUGAAAAACUUCAAGUCAAAGUUCGCCCCGUGCUAAAAAAGAGGGAAUAUGGAGCCAAGUACACACAGAACAACUUCAUCACUGCAGUCAGAGCCAUGAAUGAGUUCUGUCUCAAACCAAGUGAUCUGGAGCAACUGCGAAGGAUCAGACGACGCAGCCCACAUGACGACACAGAGGCUUUUACUGUCUUCCUGCGAUCAGAUGUCGAGGCCAAAGCGCUCGAGGUGUGGGGAAGUCAUGAAGCUCUCGCCCGAGAGAAAAAUUUAAGGAAAGAAGUGGAGAGAGAGCAUCAAGAAAAUAUUUUCCGCAACCAACAGUUGCUAAAGGAAUACAAAGAUUUCUGGGGGAACACAAAGCCUCGAUCAGGAAAGGGAGCAACAUUUCUUCAGGGACCAGGAAAAGUGGUCAUGGUUGCUAUCUGCAUCAAUGGGCUCAACUUCAUCUUUAAACUACUAGCCUGGGUCUACACCGGAUCAGCCAGCAUGUUCUCUGAGGCCAUCCACUCUCUGGCCGACACCUGUAAUCAGGGUCUGCUCGCCCUGGGAAUCAGCCAGUCCAUCCGCAACCCAGACGCUGGUCACCCAUACGGAUUCUCCAAUAUGCGCUACAUUGCUUCGCUUAUCAGUGGUGUGGGCAUUUUUAUGAUGGGAGCUGGCCUCUCAUGGUACCAUGGCAUCAUGGGAUUGCUGCACCCUCAACCCAUGGAGUCAUUGUUAUGGGCUUACUGUAUUUUGGCAGGUUCUCUGGUAUCUGAAGGAGCCACUUUACUGGUUGCCAUCAAUGAAAUAAGAAAAAGUGCCCACAACCAAAGCGUGUCGUUUUAUGAGUAUGUUAUACAGAGUCGAGACCCCAGCACUAAUGUGGUGCUGUUGGAAGAUGCUGCGGCUGUUCUGGGGGUCACCCUGGCUGCUGGCUGUAUGGGACUCACCUCACUCACUGGUAACCCUCUCUAUGACAGCUUGGGUUCUCUUGGCGUUGGGACACUGUUGGGCGCGGUCUCUGCCUUCCUCAUCUACACAAACACAGAAGCUCUGCUGGGACGAUCUAUACAGGCAGAACGCGUCCAGAAGCUCACAGAAAUCUUGGAGAACGACCCUGCCGUGAGAGCCAUACAUGACGUGAAGGCCACUGACAUGGGACUGAGUAAAGUUCGCUUCAAGGCUGAGGUUGAUUUUGACGGACGAGUGGUGACACGGUCAUAUCUGGAAAAACAAGACAUUGAUCAAAUCCUUAAUGAAAUACAGCUGGUAAAAACACCUGAGGAGUUGGAGAGCUUCAUGCUCAAACAUGGGGAGAACAUCAUCGACACCCUGGGAGCAGAGGUCGACCGUUUGGAGAAAGAGCUCAAGCAAAGUAACCCAGAGGUACGCCACGUGGACUUGGAGAUCCUAUAACAGAUGGCGGCGGCCAGUGUGAAGAAACAUUCUGGUGUUCAAGUAGAAAAGGUGAAAGGAAGAUAAGAAUCCACCUCCAGUAUCUGCCUCGCAUUCCAUCAACUUACAGACAGCAUCUGUUUCUGUGCAAGUGAUCUGGUGUAAGCAUAGAAUAAUCUGAGAUAGUCAUAUAGAAACAGUGUUCAGUCUUAUGUCAAACCCAUACUAAUCCAACUGUUCCUUUGUUCUGGAGAUUCAGGUGUAGCUGUCACAUGACCUAAUUCUUAUUGAAGUAAGUCAGAGUGACCCCAAAGGGACAUUUUAGGGCCAAAAAGAGUAAAUUGAGAUGUUUCCUGGUAAAACUAAAUCCAUUAAAACUAAUAUUAAAUUCAAAAAGACAAUAACAAUUACAGAUAAACUACAAUAACACAUCAUGUUUGCAGCCUUUUGCACAGAUCAUCAGCUGAUCCAUCAGAGUUAUCAGACGUUCAAAACAUUUUAUGACCGUUCUAUAGACGAGCAAAAAAUAGAGUGUAAUGCAAAACUGGUAUAUAUUAAUCCACAGGAAACAAACACUAGAAGAAACAAAAGAACAACUGCAACUGAAAGGCAUGUUGUUUAUUAAGGUUUACUGAUGAUUUAUAACACAUUCUUUAGGUUCCAGGAUUAAUCUUCCUGCAACUAUAUGCUUUUUACUUCCAUUGACUGCCUGCUUUUCCACAGCAGCAAAUGUGUGUUUGAGCGUUAGACUAAUAGAGAAAAUCAAGGUUGCUGCAUGCGGUUCCUGGUACCUUCUGAGAUUCUCUACAGAGAGCCCAGAUAGCUAGGUCUAGGAGUUUCAGCCCAGAGACUGAGGAGUUUCAGAGGGUUUGUAGGAUUUGUAGGAAACACACAGAAGCUUUAUGCUUUCUUCAGUGAAGUUUGUUUCAAUUUGGUUAAAGAAAAAAAAAACCCUUUUCCAAAUCCACAUUCUCCUCCAGGACCAGAGUCAGUGAUGAAUCUUCACUCUGACAUAAUGCUUGAACCACAGUUGUGUGUUACCACAAUUUCAUAUUCUUACUAAACUUAUUUACUAUUAGAAAAAAUUUGAUUUCAUUUUUCUUUUAAUAUAUGAUGUGAGGAGUUUAUAAUGGCAAAGGUUUAAUAGAAAAAAAAUCUCUCAGAGAUUUUAUAGUUAUUUAAAAAGUAUGCAAACAAACGCUGUUGAUUUAACGAAAGAGAUAAGGACUGUUGUUCACGGAAGUUGUCAGCGAUCACUAGAUGCGGUAAAAUAUCACUAGACGUCUUGUACCAGAUGUCAUAAUGUUCAGCAUUGACGCAGGCGCUUCAACAGUUUGGAAGUGUGCUUGGAUUGUGAUCACGUUUGGUAAAGGCUGUGUGUAAAUGAAACCUGGCCAACAUGUCACCUGUAACGUUUUCGAUCAGAGCCCUGGAUAUCACUGACGCUAAUGCCCCCUUCUCUUCAUCAGCUCCCUGAGGUUUGCAGCUGACAUAUUUGAAUGUUAAUGUUCCAAAGAUAAAGUACUGAAGGUUUCACCCGGUGUCAGUGAGCGGCCACUAAUGAUCAUGUUGAUUUGGGGAGCGGGGGGGGAAGCCCUUGAAUCAAAGCAAUUUUAAUCAAGUCCCAACAUUAAAAUGUCAAUCAAUCAGGAUCAACAGCUGAAAGGUCACUCUGCACUGUAACGUUAAGGUCGCGAUAUUAAGCACACGAUUUCAUCAUAUAUGAAAAUCACAUGACGUGAUAUAAGAUUGUAAAGGUGGUGGCUUUGAAGGUGUAUUAUUAUUUGAUAUGGACCUCUGCUCACAGUGAUGUUGCCUCUGCUCAAGGAGUUGGAAUACGAUUUUGAAGUAAUUUAUUAAAUUAUUUUUAUCUCCCGCUUA